AGAAAUUAUGACUUGGGGGAAACACGCCUGAUUGUGAUCACAAGACAAGUCAUGUGCUUUUUUGUCACAGACCCGGUGCUUGAAUCCCGAACUCCCCCUGCUGGACAUACAAGAAACUGCACAUGUAGAAACUAGUAAUGAGUCGUGCGCAUGUCCUGAGGAUGGAUCCAAAUUUUUAUUUACUCAGGCAGCGAUUGAAAAUGACUACCUACGAGUUUGAGAUGAACAUAUCAUCUCGAAAAGCGUUGCCAUAGCGCCGCAGAAAACGGAAGACGGAAAGGAAGAGAGCCCAGUGUGUCACGUGACAGGCGGAGUUAGGGAGAAUGCGUCACACUCCAUGGACUUGGUUCUGAUUAAAAAGGCGGCAUGUGAGCUGAUAGAGUGCUUUUUUAAGGGUUUUAAUGCAGAUAUACAGCCUUUGGUAAUAUUUAAAACAUGGAUCGGUGUUAGAAGACUGGCUAAAUGCUUGAACAGUAGUUUUUUAAGAGGUAUUUUUGGGGGAAGUUCAGUUUGAAUGUUUUUGUUUACAUCUAGCUGGCAGUGAAACUUGUCCAAAUGGAGUAUUUAUUAAUAGUUAAAAUAUCGGCCCUGGUGGGCUUGUUAGUGCUGACUUUGUUUUUUGGGGUUGUUCCUGCUCGGAUGAAGUUCUUCCGAGAAACCAGUGGAACAGAAAUCCACAGGGCUGUACUGAGUUUAAUCAGCUGCUUUGCCGGCGGAGUGUUCCUUGCUGCCUGUCUUUUGGACAUUAUCCCAGAUUAUCUGUCUGAUAUAAAUAAGCAACUACAAGAUUCAGAUAUCGACUUUCCUGUGGCUGAGUUCAUCAUGGCAUGUGGCUUCUUCAUUGUUCUCAUCCUCGAGAGGCUGGUCCUCAGCUGUAAAGAACGAGGGAGUGAAGAAACAUCUCCACUGCUCCCGUCUGCAGGUCACAGCCACUCUCACACACGCCACUCUGUAAAUGACAUUGAGAGUAGCAGCCACCAUGUCCACGUAGACCUGCAGGCGCAUUCAUCCUUCCGCUCGUUCAUGCUCUUUCUGUCUCUCUCACUGCACUCUGUGUUCGAGGGCUUGGCAAUCGGCUUGCAAACAACUGACACAAAGGUUUUGGAAAUCUGCAUUGCCAUCUUGGUCCACAAGAGCAUCAUUGUCUUUAGCCUCUCAGUAAAGCUGAUCCAGAGUGCCGUGGGGCCCAUUUGGCUCAUCAUCUACAUCCUUGUGUUUUCCAUCAUGUCUCCAAUGGGAAUUGCUAUCGGCAUCGGGGUGAGUGAAGCUCAGCUACAGAUGGGGGCAUUAGUCCAGGCUGUGCUGGAGGGCUUGGCAGCAGGAACAUUCAUUUACAUUACAUUUCUGGAGAUUCUCCCUCAUGAACUCAACUCCCCAGAGCGACAGCUCCUCAAAGUGCUCUUCAUCUUACUCGGCUUCUCUCUCAUGGCCUCUUUGUGUUUCAUAGACUAAGAAACUUAUUUUUUUAUUUCAGAUUUAUAUUUAUAUUUCAACUGAGCAACAAAUUUGAUAUAUUUUUUAUUUUCAUUAUUUGCACCACUGAUUUUCAGAGGAUUUUUUAUAAAUCACAAUCAUCAAAUGCCAUACAAAGGUGCAGAGUGCAACACAGUAAAAAGGACCAAUUUAGUUAUUUGUUUAACAUGCAAUUUGAAUGUUAAAUCUAAUGUAUGAUUUCAAUAGGAGGUUUUAAAUACCUAAAGAGAUUUAAGAUGAUUUUUAAUUACUUUUAAGCAUAAUUUCUUUUAAUAAGUAAUCAGACCUUAUUUGGCUGAUUACUAACCAGUAAUUGCAGUAUUCAUGCACAGUGUUGUGAUUGUAAAAAAAAGUUAAUAUAUUAUCUAUGUUUCAAUGCUGAAAAAGCAGUCCUGACAUAUAAUAGUCCUGACAUGAAAAUGUGUCUGAUUUGGACAAAAAAAAAAAGACUGUCUUAUGAGGUACAUACAUUUUGGACAAAAAAUGUGUUGUAUGGAAUUGAAAAAAAGACUACGGAGAGUCCAAUUCAUCAUUUUGAUAAUAUGGUCAAAAGUUGUGUGAUGAUUUGUGAUAUGUGAAACAGACAUUUUUUAAUAGAAAAGGAAUCAAGGUUGGGGAGGUGUCACAUGGCCCGAAAUGCAGAAGAUUGUUUGGUUUUAUUUUGUUUAUUUUACUUUCUUUUAAUAACAGCAUGUGGUGUGUUUCCUUUUACACCACAUCAAUCUGACAAGUACCUAUAUUAAAAAAAAUUAUUCUAAUGUAAAACAUCCCUAAAACUUAUCUUCAGUGCUCAUUUACUUAUUCUUUAUUUCUAUUUGGGUUUUUUUUGUCUCAUCUUAUCCCUUGUCACUAAACACUUUCCUCUUUUGGAAAAUGUAAAUUAAAUGUAAAGAAAAUGUAAUUAAAGUCAGAACGUUAUCUCUGGAAGAACUGACAUUCGAUACUCCCUCUAAAAGCUAAACAGCUCCACCAUGGAGCAUUCAUGAAGCAAGUUUCUGUAUUUGUGUUACUAUAGAAACAAAUUAUGUGAUUAUUAGAAUGACAUUUAUAUCACGUUAUGAUGCCUGAUUUGCCUAGUAGUUAAAACGAUUGUGCUCUCUUCUGUAACAGAAUUUUACUCAACACCAUCUGAAGAAUCAGAAUCGAGAUUUAAUAAGCACUAUGUCCUUAUAAUACUGACAAAUGUCUUCUGCUUGUAUUUGUCUUUUUAUAGGUUUGAUCAAAAACUUGUUAUAUUAAAGUCUGCUUUAUAAGAACAAUGUUAAAGACUGAAGAGCUUGAAAUACAGAACAAAAAACUGACAAACCUUUUCCCAACAAGACUGUUGAAAUGUAAAAGGUUGCUGUAAAUGUGUGCUAUAUUACUGAGGUUUUUUUGUAGUUUUUUUUUAUUUUAUUUUUUUAUUUUCUUUAUACAUUGUCCUUUCAUUGGUGCAACAACAAAUGAGGUAGGAGUGAUUUUGGAUUGUGCCAUACAUGGUCAAUAAAUCCCCUGUGGUGACAAAUGCAUGCGA